GUAGUGUGAAGAAGGCACGCGUGCGGUCCGCGAGUAAGACAGUCAGUCAGUCAGUCAGUCACUCACUCAGGCCGUGAGAAGUGCGACGCGGAGUGGUUGGAACGGAAGUCCGUGAAGAGCUGCCGGGUUGAAAUUUGGCGCCGAUUUUCAGGCCGCUUUUUAGCCAUGGUCCAAAACGGCGGUGGAGUGGAACCAGCGCUCUAGUCUUCUCUGCUGUCCAGAAGAUUGGCCAACGAAGAAUGCUGCGCGACGAGGGGUUCGGCUCUUAAUGGAGGAAUUAGCGAGGCGGUGGUAACAGUUCGAACCCAGCCACCGCUGCUCUGAUAAUUGCACGAGUGUUUGGUGCCGUGGUGCUUAUUGUGCUUGUGCAGGUGCAUGUCGUCUCACCUUCGCCAAGAUUUCUUGCUGGCUUGGCGCCUUCUCAGACGGACCAGAUCGCCUCUUCAUGGCUCCAAACAGACCCGCCAAGCUCAGGCGGGCCUUGAAGCAAGCGGAAUUUAAAUUUCCAGGUCCCACUGAAACUGCAGGCCUUCCGCUUGAGCAAUCUGAAGAUCCAACGAUAAGGUGGAAGCAGACAGCAAUCGCAUUGAACAGAACGAUUAUAAACUGCCAUGGAAAUCCUCAAGUUUGCGGGAUGGAUGCGGCUUGCAAAAAUCUCAAGAACUACACAGCGAUCUGUAUUUGUCCUCAUGAUUCUUCGAUACCAACCGCUGCCCUGACAUGCCCGCGUAUUACGGUUCCGAUGGAGCCGAUAGCCAUUCACAACAUCAUACCACCAAGUGGAAACAUGACGAACAGAACAACCGAGUUGCCAGACAAGAAAGAGGUACCUACUACUGCUCAAGUGGGACCGAGCCAGCAACGAAAACUACCUGAAAUUAUCGGUGGCACUGCCACUCUUCUCGUCCUGACGAUCGGGCUGAUUAUUCUUGCUAGGUAUUGCCAGCGGCGGCGAGCAUACACGUCCAAAUGCAGCCGAACAUCUUUGAACCCGUCUCCCAUGAAUCUGAAAAAGGGAUUUCUCCUCCCCAACAAGUACAUACCAAACACGCAAUACUCAACUUAUGGAUCCCCGGAAGUUCCCAUACUUCGUCGUGACUGCGUUUUGUUCCUGCAAGAUAUAGGAGAGGGUUGUUUCGGCAAGGUUUACAAAGGUGAACUGCGUCGUGGCGAUGCAACUGAAACGGUGGCAGUCAAAGUCCUGAAAGAUUCAGCCUCCUGCGAAGCUGAAGAAGACUUCAUGCGAGAGGUGGACAUAAUGUCGUCCUUCCGCCACCGGAAUAUCCUUUUCCUGAUCGGUGUUGUUCUCCGGGAUUCGACCAACAGCCCAUGGAUGGUUUUCGAAUACAUGCCGCAUGGAGAUCUUGCCGAAGUUCUCAGAGCAAACUCGCGACAACUUAGAUGCUCCACACCUGGAUUACCGCCUCUGACAAGGGAUUCUUUGUUAUGGAUAUCAACACAAAUCGCGGCUGGAAUGACGUAUUUGUCAUCGCAAAGAUUUGUUCACCGAGAUCUGGCCUGUCGUAAUUGUCUCGUUGGUUCCGACUUGAUCGUGAAGAUUGCUGACUUUGGAAUGUCACGUGACGUCUACACCUGCGACUAUUACAAGAUUGGCGGAUCUCGAUUGUUACCCGUUCGUUGGAUGGCUCCAGAAAGUGUGAUAUUUGGUCGAUUCACGUUAGAAAGUGAUGUCUGGAGUUUCGGGGUUGUUCUUUGGGAAGUUUAUUCCUUCGGAAAGCAGCCGUAUUACGGACACAACAACGACGAAGUGAUGAAGCUGAUUCUACAGGGAAUAAUGCUCCUUCCGCCCGAAGACUGUCCGCCAUUCAUUUGUGACGUCAUGCGGGGCUGCUGGAAGACGGAGCCGAAGGAUCGGCUCAGGUUCACCGACAUCCUGGAGAAGCUGGAACUCGCACGCGAGAAAUCUAGCGACAAGGGUUCGCUGCCUCGUCCUCCGCAAGGGCCAGUCGCCAUCCGAUCGCCGGACGCCCUCGACACCGACGGUUACUUGCUACCGGCACCGGUGAACAGAUGCGAAUACCUUCAGCCACUUCCGCCGCUGCCAAAUUGAGGGAAAAGUGUGCUGGAAGGAGAAAAAAAUGUGAUCCAACUGUGUUCAGUAGCAAUUUUCUACGAAGAGAUGAAUUAUGGCACAGUUUUGGAAGCAGGAUGUGGUUCGGCAACAUGGCGGCGCGUCGGACGAUCAGCUGAUCGUUUAGGGUCGAUAUGGAGAGUCUCAAGGCACGGAUAACGCUGAGCAAGCUUACGGACUAUAUAUUUGUGACAUUGAAUCGAUGUGGGAAAAAAUUGUUUGUGAAAAAAAAGUUUUAUAAUUAAAUAUGACGCUGUGUGUUUUCUGCUACAAGAUGGCGCGUCCGGAAUCUAGGGAAGACAUGUUUUGUGUACUUAUGAUAUCAUACGAUACCUGAUAUGUUAUAUGUUGUGGUGUAAAGUGUGUAAAUUACGAAUUCGAAUAAGGAUGUUGAAAAAAUUCAACACGUCCAGUGCAAUUGGGAAGCAGAUUCGUGGGGCGUUGAUGAAAUGAAAAGAAAUACGUUGUGGACAUUUUCAACGUCU